AUUGGUUGCCACACAGCUACUAGUUUAGCAAAACAACGGGUCUGUUCUUCCGCGUCCCCUGCCACGUGACCACGGCGUAAUACAGUUGCCUUUAGUACCCUCGGAAAUAUGUGUUUUAUGAUUGGAACGCUUAGAUAACCAACAGGGUGCGUGCCUGCUCUGGUGCGUUCUCGUGCCUGUGCGUAAUAACGUAUCCAUCCUCCAGCGUUUCUCAUCCCCUCCUCUCUCCUGUCACAUCUGGAUCUGGCUUCUCUCCUCAGCACCACUCAGCGCAGCGGGAGAGAGAGAGAGAGAGAGAGAGAGAGAGAGAGCGAGGAGGACGACCGGAGAGGCUGAGGCUGGCUCGGUCGGUGCAACCUCAUCCACAAGCCACUCAUCCACGGGCAGAAUCAAGGAGAGGAGAGCAGAAGAACACCUCUCAUUCGCACUCACGGAUAUUUUUGCAUCUCGGUUGUCCUCCAUCCGUCAGUCCAGCUCCCUUUUUCAUCUCCUUCUCUUUUCUCCUCUCGCCCUAUGAUAUGAUGAGCUCCAGCCUGCUCGAAAACCCAGUGCAGGCGAUUCUGUACCUGCGGGAGCUCACCACCAUCGUCCAGAACCAGCAGAGUCUCAUUCAAACACAGCGCGCACGGAUAGAGGAGCUGGACCGGCGGGUGGACGAGCUCAUCGGCGAAAAUAGGCACCUUCGGGACGUCAGGGUACAACAGCAGCAUCCUUACCAUCACCACCAUCACCAUCAAUAUCACCUGGACCCCAGUUGCCUUCAUCACCAUCACCAUCCUCAGGAUCCCCAGUCCAAGACUCGCGCAGGGUCCGUGCCAGACCAUGCGACUGCACCAGCACAGGUCGAGGCGGCACCGGGGGUCCAACCAUUGCCUCCUCAACCUAUGGACCCGGGGGACAUGCAGCUCGUUCCUGCCGAUCCAUCGACGGUCUCUCCGGUUGAAAGUGAUCCGGAAAACGAUUCAAGUUGUCCCAGCUGCCGCUCCUUGGUUCCGAUGACCCCCACAACCCUCUGUCGAUCCUUGACCCUGGCAAGGAAAUCCGAGAGUGAGACCGUGCUGCAUCAGUUCUGCUGUCCCGCCCCUGAGCACCCGGAGGCGGACGCCACAGGCCUGUCCAGCGGUCGAAUGCUCAGCCUGGAGGACGGACCGUCCAUCGGCGGCGGGCAGGAAGUAGAGGGCACCAAGAGGGAGGGCCCCAGCGAGUACGAGAUCUCUCUGGAGAAUAAGAACAAACAGAUAGAGGAGCUGGAGCAGAAGUACGGGGGGCACCUGAUCGCGAGGCGAGCCGCCCGCCGCAUCCAAACGGCGUUCCGGCAGUACCAGCUCAGCAAGAACUUCCAGAAGAUCCGCAACUCGCUGUCGGAGAGCAAGCUGCCGCGCCGGAUCUCCCUGCGCCACCCGAGCCCCUCGGGCCGCAGCCGCAACGCGGCCCAGAGGCACAGCUACAGUCUGCACCCGGGGGGGGGGCAGGUCCCGCUGCGCUCCAAGACGCCCCCCCCCCCCCCCUGCCGCUCCACCUCCCUGCCGCCGUCCCCGGCGGCCGCCCCGGCGGCGCCGCCCUCCCCCGCUUCCACCGCGGCGCCGCCUCAGACCCCCGGGCCCACGCUCACACAGCUGGAGGACUGCUUUUCAGAACAGCUGCAUUCUUUGGCCCAAUCAAUCGACGAAGCCCUUCGCGGUUGGAGCUUGUCAGAGGGUGGAGAGGGGAAGGGGCUGUUGAUGGACCCCGGGGCCCUUCGCGCGGCUGCCGAGAGCGCGUGCAUGCCUCGAAGCGCCAGCUCGCUGCUCAUGGCCUUCAGGGACGUCACGGUUCACAUCGACAGCAACAGCUCCUACACCAUCUCCUCAGCCACCACCACCACCACCACCUCCCUGGGCAACGCAGGCGGCGGCGAGCCGGGGAGCAGGAAGACGUCCGUGAGCGGGACGGCCGGGGGGGACGGGCUGUCGGCGGAGGAGCCGGAGUUCCCGGCGCCGCCGCCCAGCGAGGAGCUGGAAAUGGUGGAUCCGGGAUCGAGGAGAGGCUCCGCGGUGCCGGCUCCGGGAGGAGGCGGGAUGGAGGCCGAGAGCGCCUCCGACAGGCUGGGCUCCACCUCCACAUCUACCUCUACUUCCACGUCCAUCUCCACCUCCACCCAGUCCAACCAGCCCGCCCAGAUUUACACACAGUACCAGCAGUACCACUACACUCAUCCUCAGCAGAUCCCCGGGGGGCCGAGCCCCGAGGCCCUGCAGGCCCUGGUCGUCUCGCUGCCGAGGGACCGCUGCCAGGACCCAGCCUCCUGUCGCUCACCGACGCUGUCCACGGACACACACCGCAAACGCCUCUAUCGGAUAGGACUCAACCUCUUUAAUGUGAACCCCGAGAGAGGGAUCCACUUCCUGAUCACGCGCGGGUUCGUCCCGGACACGGCCAUCGGGGUGGCUCACUUCCUGCUGCAGAGGAAGGGCCUGAGCCGCCAGAUGAUCGGAGAGUUCCUGGGAAACAGCAAGCUGCAGUUCAACAGAGACGUCCUUGACUGCGUCGUGGACGAGAUGGAUUUCUCGGGGAUGGAGCUCGACGAGGCCCUGAGAAAGUUCCAGGCGCACGUCCGCGUGCAGGGAGAGGCGCAGAAAGUGGAAAGACUCAUCGAAGCCUUCAGCCAGAGGUACUGUAUGUGUAAUCCAGAUGUGGUCCAGCAGUUCCACAACCCUGACACCAUCUUCAUUCUGGCCUUUGCUGUUGUCCUCCUUAACACCGACAUGUACUCACCCAACAUCAAACCCCAGCGCAAAAUGGGCCUUGAUGAUUUCAUACGCAACCUAAGAGGUGUGGACGAUGGCGCAGACAUCCCCAGAGACAUGGUGGCAGGCAUCUACGAGCGGAUCCAGCAGCGAGAGCUGCGCUCCAACGAAGACCACGUCACCUACGUGAGCCGCGUGGAGCAGUCCAUCCUGGGGCUGAAGACGAUCCUGGCCGUGCCUCACAGACGUCUGGUGUGCUGCUGCCGUCUGUUCGAGGUGCCCGACGCCAACAAGCCUCACAAACAGAAGCUGUCCCAGCUGCAGAGGGAGGUCUUCCUCUUCAAUGACCUGCUGCUGAUCCUCAAAAUGUGUCCCAAGAAGAAGAGCUCGGCUUCAUACACCUUCUGCAAAGCCAUGGGUCUCCUGGGAAUGCAGUUUCACCUCUUCAGCAACGAAUACUAUGCCCACGGCAUCACCAUGCUGAGUCCGUUUACCUCGGAGAAGAAGCAGCUGGUGAGCUUCUGCUCCCCGAGCGGGGAAGAGCUCAGGAAGUUCGCCGAGGAGCUGCGAGAGGCAAUCGCAGAGGUCAACGAAAUGGAGCAGAUACACAUCCAGUGGGAACUGGAGAGGCAGCAGGGCAUUCAGCCACAUGGCAUACACACCAAUGGUGGGCAAGUGGACGCACACACAGGACGCGGCUCCCCCUCAGGGCAACAGGACGCGUACGAUAAAACCGGCAACAACACUGUAGAGGUGUCAAUUCACAACAGGCUGCAGACCUAUCAGCUGAGCCAGCCCACCGCUGAGUCCACGGCCCUGGCCCUGGCGGCGCCGCCCGCCCUGCUCAGCUCCGUCCAGCCGGGGGAGCUCCGCCCAGAAACGCUCAUCCAGUGCCAGCAAAUAGUCAAGGUGAUCGUGGUGGACCAGAGCGGGCGGGGGCGCAUGGAGGCCUUCCUCAGCCAAGGCCCGGCCGCCCACCAGCUCAUCCAGUCGGCGCUGUCCACGCCCGUGCGCGUCCGCGAGGGCGACGGCCCCCAGCCGCCCCUGCCGCCUCCCCCGCCUCCCUACAACCACCCCCACCAGUUCUGUCCCCCGGACUCACCCAUGCCGCUCCACCACACCAUGCCGCUCACCCGCCGCCGCAACUCCAGCGGCUCCCGCAGCAUCGUGUGAGACGCCGAGGCCCACAUUUAAGCAGUAGGCGGCUCACUUUGAACAGUGAGAAAAGGAGAGAAAAGACGGGGAGUCGCAGCAGCAGCAGAACUAUCUCGACGGAGCUGUUCUUUUUGAACACGCAGUGGGUUUGAUGUCAUUUCUGAAAGACAAGUUCUCUUUUGAUUUCGUCUUCAAAUUGUCGCCCAGUAGCCAAUGGUGUUGUCUGUCUAGAUUUCACACUCCGUGAGAGAUGUUGUGCGUUUGCAUUUUUAAAUGUCACCUGUCCAACAAAGGUAUCUGAGCUACGACUGUGAAAUGUCAGAAAAGCAGCCGCGGAAGGAAGGAUAGCGUGAAAUACGAAGGACGGGAAAGGUGGAUUCCUUUUUUAUAAUAUCUAAGCGCUGAGCUUAAAUGUAGAUUAGGCAAAGUUGGACAAAACAAUUGCUGAGAAACGUGCACAUCGAGUUUUUUCUCAUCUUUGAAAAAAAUGGGCAACAAAAAUAUCAUUUUACUGCUAAAGUAAUAAUGAGUAUCUGUAUUGGAGAAGGCAAAGGUAACAAGCGCUCAUAUCCAUCUCCUGUCAUGUAUCUGUAUAGAACAGUGUAGCAAGCCAAAGCCUUGCCACUCACGCAAAGUCUAUUUCAUAUCCUGACAAUCAUAUUUCUUUGUGCUUUAUUGUUGUGUUGAUCCAAAACGUAUGUGAGCAAACAUCUCCACAGUAACUGAUUCUGUAGUGUUUUGCCCUCGCAGAGCUCAGGAAAGGAUUUGCUGCACUGGAACAUUUAAAACCUGCACCUCUGAGUGGAGCCGAGUGCUUGCGUGUUGAGUCUGCUUGCUCAUGGGCAGCAGUGAGCAGGGCUGGUUUCCUCCCAGACGAGGCUGAAGCCCCCCCCCCCCCCUGUACAUUUACUCCUAAUGACUUACCUAGUGUGAAUAUUGAUGUUACCUGUUGGAUUUAGGCAAUAUCUCCACUCUGAAGAUCAGUAGCUUUCGUUUAAAAAUGAGUGAAAAUUGCUCCGCACAGACUAGAUUCACAAAAAGCAUCACUCCCAUCUUGCAUAUGAUAUUUCUCCUCGCACACUGGAAAUGUUACAUAAGCAGAGACGCAGCCCUUUGAUAAAUCACGGGGUAAACUGAAGAUGUCCACGGAAUAAUUAUUGAUUUCAUGAGCCCGUCGUCCGUACGCUGUCGGCGGUUUCGCGCUUGAGCCAGUUUGUACAGCAGAUCACAAAUCUAACCAAGACACUGACCAUGUCUUGUACUUUUGCACCACAGAAUAUAUUGGAUAUACUGUAAAUAGAUAAUAUAGAUUUAUUCUGAGAAAGUGAUUGGUUUGCGCCGUGUGUGUAUCUACAUAUGUAUUUGUACAGAGAAGAUCUAGUUUAAAAGAAAAAAGCAUAAUAUAGAUAUUAUAGUUAUUAUUAUUCACAUUUAUUAUCAGGGGGUGUCCUAAAUCCUACUGCUACGAGAGAGGGGGAACAGGCAGCUUUUAUAGAACACGCUCCAGUUACCAUGGUAACACACAGAGAUUAUUACCGAUCCACAUUUGUCAUUCAAUUACCAUGUCAUAUUACUACAGGUUUAUUAGGAGAUAGCUGUGUCACCUGUAAAGGUGUGUAAAGGGCUAUGCUGUAUUGGUGAACACAUACAGUAAAAUGCAGGCUACACUUGCACACACAUACAGUAUAUAUAUAUAUAUAUAAUACAUAU